GACUUCAUUCAUCAAGAAAAUAUUAGCCACCGGAUUCAAACGCACGCAUUUUUUUGGGGGGAGACUUUGACUGAAAACAUGAACAAGCGCACAACUGUGUGAAAGGCACGCAGUUGGCAGUGACUUUGAAGGCGUGCUGAGUGACGUCAUGACAUUUUUUGUCUGGAAUGCGGAAGUAUACGGUGCGCGUUUCCCUGUUUGCGGUUGUUGGGGCUUCGAGGACGAGUUGAUGUCAUGAUAGAAACCUGCGAAACAUGUGGAAGAUGAAAUUGUUGCCGCUGUUUGUGGUGGCUGUGCAAUUCCGCAGCGUGACGCCUGUGAUUCACUCGCUCAAGUAUUUCCAAACAACGUCCUCUGAAAUUCCGAACUUCCCAGACUACUUGGUGGUUGGUCAUGUUAACGAUGUUCCGAUUUCACACUACGACAGCAAGAACAGGAAAUUUGAAGCCAAACAUGAAUGGAUGAACAAAAUGGAAACGGAUGUUGCACACUACUGGGAGAGACUGACCCAGUACAAUAUUGACAUUGAACAGACCUUCAAAGUCAACUUUGAAAUUGCUAAAGAGCGCUUCAACCAAACUGGGGGUGUUCACAUGAUCCAAGUGAUGACUGGCUGCGAAUGGGACGAUGAGACGGACGAGGUGGUGGACGGUUGGGAACACCUCAGUUACGACGGAGAAGACUUCCUGUCGUUUGAGUUGCAGACGCAGAGAUGGAUCGCAAUCCAGCAACAAGCUUUCGACACCAAACACAAGUGGGACCAAUUGGACAACCUUAAUCAAUACUGGAAGCAUUACAUAACAGAGAUCUGUCCUCACUGGUUGAAGAAGCUUAUGAGCCACGGGGGGGACUUCCUCAUGAGAACAGAGCUCCCGGUGAUGUCCCUGCUGCAGAAGACGCCGUCGUCUCCGAUCACCUGCCACGUGACGGGUUUCUACCCCUACAAAGCCGCCCUUUUCUGGAGGAAGGACGGCGCGGACCUCCACGAGGACGUGGAGAUGGGAGAGACCCUCCCCAACCACGACGGAACCUUCCAGAUGACGGCCCACCUGAAAGCGGAGCUGCCGGCCGACGCGGAGGACCGCUACGAAUGCGUCUUCCAGCUGUCCGGCGUCGAGGGCGACAUGGUCACCAAGCUGGACAGAAGACUCAUCCUGAGCAACGAGCGCGACCGAGAGGAAGAAAUCAGGAAGAUGACGCUGGCCGUGGCGAUCCCCGUGGCGCUCCUCGUUCUGCUGGCGCUGCUGCUCGUGGUCCUCGUCAAGCUUCACAAAAGCAAACGAGCCAACUACACGGCAGCGUCUGUUGACGGCGAUUCCGAGCUGACUCCAAGGCCUCCUUCUGAGCCCGAUUCUGAUCCCACUUUAAAGUCCGUUUCCGAGGCAGGUUCCGAACCCGCCUCAGAGUCCGCUUCCGAGCCCGCUUCCGCGUGAGACGCAGCAGCCGUCACACGGACGACUUCUUCUUGGCUCUCGACGAAGACGGAUACUUUUUACUGCUCCCUCCCGCCCUCAUCAUCCCUGCUUGCUGAUUUGUUUUUGCGCGGUCUUGCAUCAAAACGAUCAUUCAUGGAGAAGUUGACGGGUCGCCUCGAGG